GGUACAGUAGUGCUACAGUGCGAAACACGCGUGGCUUGUAUGUAGCGAAGUUUUGCAGUAAAACUAAACAAAUUAAACAUUUUAGAGUCUCAAGACACGCGGUAAAACAUCUCACAAGUGCAGGCAAUGGCUUGCCGUCUCAUCACCUGGGAUGUAAAGGACACAAUCUUGAGAGUCAGGUACUCGGUGGGGGAGCAGUACGCCCACGCCGCAAGGGAGUUGGGCGUGGGGGAGUUGGACCCCGAGUCCGUGGAUCGCGUCUUCUCGCACACGCACGCGCGCUGGGCCCGUGCUCGCCCGGCCUACGGGGGCGGCCAGGGCCACGCGGCCGCAUCGGCAUCGACGGCAGCGGCGUCGGUGUCAUCGUCGCAGAGAUGGUGGCACGGCGUGGUGCGCGACACGUUUGCCGGGUGCGGCGUGCGCGAUGAUGCGAUGCUGCACCGCCUCGCUCACCGCCUCUACCAAGACUUCUCCCACGAGAAGAACUGGGAGGUGUUCCCGGACGCUCUGCGAACCCUUCGCCACUUCCACGCCCUCGGCAUGCCCAUGGGGGUCAUCUCCAACUUCGACGGACGCCUCGACGCCCUCCUCCGCAGCUGCCGACUCCGACACUUCUUCCUCUUCGUGCUCACCGCCGACUCGCUCGCCGCCAAGCCCGACCCGCGCGCCUUCCGCGCAGCCCUGGCCGCCGGGGGAGCCGAGGAGCCGCACCUCGCCACCCACGUCGGGGACGACUUGGCCAACGACUACGCGGCUGCGCGCGCCGUGGGCAUGAGGGCCAGGCUGCUGCUGAGGGGCGGAGCGCCGAGGCCCGCCGGGGCCGACCCGGCGCACGUCUUGCGCUCGCUCGACGAGCUGUGCGAGCGAGGGCCGGACGACUAGCAAGGCCGGGCCGCCCCCCCGCCGCCACCGGCCAGCCAAGUUGCUGGCGGUGUUGUUGUUCAUCGCUAGGCCCCGUGGGCCACUGGUGGCCCAUCUGGUGGCCUUUGCAGGUGGUGUGUGUGUGUGUGUCCCCCAUCCCCCAACUCUUGAGUGACGAACACUGCUGUGUCGGCCAUGCGGCGCGGCGGUGACGCAGUUGUUACCUCGAUGUCACGGGCCAACGAUCCCUUCACGUGGCGUGAAGAGGGGCCGUUUCCGAAAGUCUCACCGAUUAUAUUUAUAUAUUUUUGUUGUCUAUUUAAAGCCACAGUGUUGCUGA